AUGAGGCUGAAGAGUCAAGAGGGAUACAUGCCUCGGGUAGCAGGCAGGGAUGGAUGGGAGGGACCGAAAGCCGCUCACGUGAAAGGGCUUGGCAGCAAGGACUGGACUUCACGUUCUCCAUCAAUCCAUUUCACCUCAUUCUUCUUAUUGACAAUGUAUUUACUAUCCUCUACGCCUCACAACGCAAGGCCACUGUGGAAGCAUGCCGUUAGAGCUAAUUUCGUCCUCCGGGCUCUCAUAAGCUAUCCGAAUAUGCUCCUCCACAUUCUCGCUCCAAUACAACACACCAGCCCGAACGACAAUGCCUCAAUGGCUUGGUAUCCUUCGAAAGCUGGAUCCUUCGCAUCCCAUAUGCCUGGUUCCGGCUUUUCAAGAACCUCUAGCUGUCCCAUCUUCAGCAUCGCCGAAGUAGAUAGCAGCAAGUCUGCCAUCGCGGUCCACAGUAACUCUGCCAACAACCCAGCGAAGCCGCCACCAAAGAGCGAUAAGGCUAAGCGGAGUUUCUUGUUGCCUUCGCCGUCGUGGAGAACUUGA